CGAGGCGGAGGCAAAGAAAGGGAAGAGCAGCGAACCCCGCACCAGCGUCCGCACAGCUUCAGUCAAGACCCCACGCGUCGGAGGAAGGAGGCGGCGGCGGCAGCAGCGGCGGCGGCGGCUAUAGAGCAGCACUCGAGGAGUCGUUCGCGGCGCCGCAUCCGGAAAACGCCUCUGGCGUGAAGCCGACCGCCAGCCGCUUGAGAGCUCGAACUGGAAGCGCGCGGGGGGAAGCAGCCGGGCGCCGCGGGCUGGGAAAUCGCCCUUCGCCGGGAGCGCCGUUCGUUGCGCUCUCGCUCUCCGCCGCCAGGCUCGGGCGAGGACUGAGGGGGCGGGAGGGGUGCACGGCUGGCUUGGUGCGAUGCCAAGGCGGCCUUUUUUCGGCGGCUCUGCGAAGAACCUAGCCGGUGGUGCCGUGCUAAAGGCAACGCCGCUCUGAAGAACGGGGCUCUCUCGCGUGCUCUGGGCGUGCGCGGUUCUGUUGCUCCGUGUGUUGCCGGCGGAGCGGUUUUUUUUUCUGCUGAACGUCAGGAGUUCACUCCAGCUCGGCGAUCUUUUAGGGAAGUGGGUUUAUUGCGGAGCCAAGGGGAGGAAGCUCCGGAACGGAUUUGAAAGCUCGGCAGAGGAAAUUCUGGGACGAAAUCCUCCCGGAGAGUUGCAAAAGAAAAUCCCGCUCUCCCUGACCCAGCGCGGCUUGGGAGGAAUCGCUCUUUCCCCAUCAAGGGUUUCUCCAUCCUCCCCGAAAUGGAUACAGUUCCUCUGCUCUGGGGAUUUCUCCUUCUUCGUUUGGCCGGAUCGGGAGUCUUGGGGCAAGCAGCAGCUCAGCCAUGUGGGGGCCGCUUGAAUUCCAAAGAUGCUGGCUAUAUCACUUCACCCGGCUAUCCACAAGACUACCCUUCGCAUCAGAAUUGUGAGUGGAUCAUUUAUGCCCCAGAACCCAACCAGAAGAUCACCCUCAACUUCAACCCACACUUUGAAAUUGAGAAACAUGAUUGCAAGUAUGAUUUUAUUGAAAUACGGGACGGGGAUAAUGAAAACGCAGAUCUUCUGGGAAAACACUGUGGAAACAUUGCUCCACCUACUAUCACUUCAUCUGGCUCUUCUGUGUAUAUCAAAUUCACCUCAGACUAUGCCCGUCAAGGUGCUGGCUUCUCUCUGCGUUAUGAGAUCUACAAGACUGGCUCUGAAGAUUGUUCUAGAAACUUCACCAGUUCAAAUGGCACCAUCGAAUCCCCAGGCUUCCCUGAUAAGUAUCCACACAAUUUGGACUGCGCCUUCACAAUCAUGGCCAAGCCGAAAAUGGAGAUUGUUCUUCAGUUUUUAACAUUUGACCUAGAGCAUGACCCUCUGCAAGUCGGGGAGGGAGAUUGUAAAUAUGAUUGGCUGGACAUCUGGGAUGGUAUUCCUCAAGUUGGGCCCUUGAUUGGCAGGUACUGUGGUACAAAAACUCUUUCAGAGAUCCACUCAACUACUGGCAUCUUAUCCCUCACAUUCCACACAGAUUUGGCUGUAGCUAAAGAUGGCUUUUCUGCUCGCUAUUAUUUGGUCCAGCAGGAGGAGCCAGAGAACUUCCAGUGCAACAGUCCACUGGGAAUGGAAUCUGGACGGAUCUCCAAUGAGCAAAUCACAGCCUCCUCUACAUACUCUGAUGGCAGGUGGACUCCGCAACAGAGCCGACUCAAUAGUGAUGAUAAUGGGUGGACUCCUAAUGUGGAUAGCAACAAAGAGUUCCUGCAGGUGGAUCUUCGCUUUCUGACUGUGCUCACAGCCAUUGCUACUCAGGGCGCCAUUUCCAGAGAAACACAAAAUGGAUACUAUGUUCGCUCAUACAAACUGGAGGUCAGCACAAAUGGAGAAGACUGGAUGAUGUACCGGCAUGGCAAAAACCACAAAGUGUUUCAGGCAAACACCGAUGCUUCUGAAGUGGUUCUGAACAAAAUCCAUGCUCCAGUGCUGACUCGGUUUGUGCGGAUCCGUCCCCAGGUUUGGCAUAGUGGAAUUGCUCUUCGACUGGAGCUAUAUGGCUGCCGAAUUACAGAUUCACCCUGUUCCAGUAUGUUGGGGAUGCUUUCAGGACUUAUCCCAGACUCUCAGAUCUCAGCUUCUUCUACCAGAGAAUAUCACUGGGUUCCUAGUGUGGCACGCCUAGUCAGCAGCCGCUCAGGAUGGUUCCCACGCAUCCCUCAAGCCCAGCCUAGUGAGGAGUGGCUGCAGGUAGACCUGGGCCUCCCAAAGAAUGUGAAAGGAGUGAUUAUCCAAGGGGCCCGAGGUGGGGACAGCAUUAAUGUGGCGGAGGCCCGAGCCUUUGUGAAGAAGUUUAAAGUGGCCUACAGCAUGGAUGGGAAAGACUGGCAUUCAAUACAAGAUCCCCGGACCAUGCAGCCAAAGAUAUUUGAAGGGAAUAUGCACUACGACACCCCUGAAGUUAGAAGAUUUGAUCCUGUUCCUGGACAAUUCAUCAGAAUUUACCCAGAAAGAUGGUCUCCAGCAGGGAUUGGGAUGCGAUUAGAAGUCCUUGGGUGUGACUGGACUGGUGUGAAGUCCACUGCGGAGACAUUGAAGCCCACAUUGAAGAGUGAAGAGAUGACCACUCAGUUUUCCACUGAUGAAGAGGCAACAGAUUGUGGUGAUGGUUGUAUGGAGAAUGGAGAUUUCCAGAUCCCAAUAGGAUUCAAUUGCAACUUUGAUCUUCCUGAAGAUUUUUGUGGUUGGACACAUGACACGUCUACAGGAUUUACAUGGGCUUUUCAUUCUAGAAAAACCUGGACUAGCCAUUUAGAACCAGGCAUUGGGGUCUACCCAGAUGGCAAGAGUUAUUUGAGGUUGCAAAGCAGCGCAAGAAGAGAAGGGCAACAUGCUCGGCUGAUCAGUCCCACUGUCUUCUUGCCCAGGAGUGCUGUGUGCCUGAUGUUUUGGUACCAGCUCUCUGGAGGGAGUGGGACUAUGCUGCAGGUGCGACGGGAGGCAACACAUGAAAACAAACCACUGUGGAUCAUCAGGGAAGACCAAGGGGAGGAGUGGAGAGAAGGCCGGAUUCUUCUGCCUAGUUAUGAUACAGAAUAUCAGAUUGUAUUUGAAGGCACCAUAAGCAAUGGGCAUUCAGGAGACAUUGCCAUUGAUGAUAUUCAAAUAGGCACUGAUACUUCUUUGGAGGACUGCAUGGAACCCAUUGCAGCUUUCCCUGGAGAACACACAUUUGAAAUUUCAGUGGAUUUCCCAGCAUUAGAGGAUGAGGUUUCAAUUCAUGGGGAAGAUUUUGGAGAAAACUCUGAAGAUGAUGCCAUAAACCUGGACAGAAAUCACACCACACUUUCUACAAACUCCCCACUGACUCCACUGGUGGACACAGAGAAGAGCUGGCUAUAUACUCUGGACCCCAUCCUGGUUACCAUCAUAGCCAUGAGUUCUCUAGGAGUUCUUCUAGGGGCAAUUUGUGCUGGGCUACUACUGUACUGCACCUGUUACUACACUAGCCUCUCUUCCCGGAGCUCUACCACUCUGGAGAAUUAUAACUUUGAGCUUUAUGAUGGCAUCAAACACAAGGUCAAAAUGAACCACCAAAAGUGUUGCUCUGAGGCAUGACUGAUUGCACUGAAAUCACAUUUGACAUUUCAUUCCAGCAGUAGUGGCUGGGGAAGAUUACUUUUUCUAUGGGAACUGAAUGCCAUAAUUUUACACAAGCCCAUGCUGGAAUGCUGAAGGGGUGGGGGGUUGCUGUUGUUUAGAAGAAAAAGAAGAAAGCAGCAGCAAGAAGAAAGUUGAAAGAGGAUUACCAUUUGUAAGAAAUGUGGGUAAUUGCUCUUUCAGGAAGAAUUGGGUAGGCUCAAACAAAGCAGCCACCAUGCUCUCUAUUUUAUUUCUUCUGUGAGCCAAUUGCAUCUGUAGUAGGCAAAAGAUCCACUUGGUUUUGAGGAAGCGAGGGAGAAAAUGUGCAUAAUUGUUUCCCACUCCCUUCUUCGGAUGAGAUUGCUAAAUGGUCCCCUCCCCUUCCCCUUUCUAGUCUUAGUAAUUAUAAUCUCACACUUGUUCACCCACACAGGAACCCGCGUGCCCUAGCCAGUAGAUCACCUUUCAGAAAUGGUGCUUGAAUGAAAGGGACUGUCUCAGUGCUGUGGGUGAUGAAACAAGUCCAGGAAGCUGCAGCCACUUCCAAUCUCCCCCACACCAGCAAUGAAACCAUGUGGUUCCUUUUCACCAAUCGGAAAAGGAGUGGCAGUGAUUGGGGACAGAGGGGGGAGGAGGAGAGGAUCUGGCUCAUGGAUCAGCGGGAAAAGCAGCACUUUCUUCCUGGAUUACCAAGCAAAUGAAACAGGCAGCCAGAGAUGUGAAAGUUGACAGAAGCACCUCCUCCAGAGAAGCUGAAGAGCCUUAAAGUGGUUUGUGAAAAAGAGCCAUUUAUUAAAUCCAGAUCUUGGACUGAAACAGCAGAGGCCUUCAUCACAAGGGCUCUUUCUUCUCCUUUUCUUUCUUUCCCUCUUUUUUUAAUCUUAUUUUUUUAGUGAACAUUGCCACAAACAAAAGACACAAUUAUAAGGUGCCCAAGAACUCAGGAGAUGGCUUUUUAUAUAUUUCAAGAGGAAGACAGGCUGCUAGGUAGAUAGAUAAAUAAAUAUAUUUUGUUAAUGCUGUGUCCACUCUGAUGGGGAAAAAAGAAGUAUUAAAAGGCUUGUGGAGUAAAUGCAGUUAUUCAGCCCAUCACACAGGGUGGCAAUGAUACCUCUAACUGGCAGAUAUGAUUUAAUGUCAUCAUUAGCCCAUAAGAAGGACUUAAUUUUUCUGCAAAGGAUUCUAAACUAAUGUACCCUUUGAGCAGAUUCAUAAUUGUGGAGCUGUCUGGCGAAGACAUUGGUGCUUCACAGAUUAAGCUCCUUUCGGGAGGACCCAGCCAUUGGAAACCUAAGGUUAUGGCAACAUCGCAGGGUAUCAAGGUUAAGCUGAUAGUAUGGUUGUCACAUAAAUGGAUCUGGAGCAAUCUUCUAUCACCUUCUUCCUUCAGAAAAAUGCAACUUGCUUGUUGUGGUUUGCAUAGCAAUUUGUUUAUUUUUGAAGGGCUUUGUCUGAAUAUGUAUUUGACUUUUUUUAAUAAAGUGCCUUAGAAAAAUAUUUUUCCCUUAGAGGUGUGUGAUGUAAUGAAUUACCACUGAGGCAUUCAAUGUUUCUCCUUAUCCCUCUUCCUCCUUCACUUCUUCAUUGCCAUCAGAUCUCUACUGGGUAGAGUUUUGUCCUCUCAGAUAGUCAAAUAUAUAACUGUUUUCAUGUGUGCUGUGCCAUGCUUGAAGUAUCUUGCAGACCAGUUUACAGUACCAACUUUCAAUUUCCAAUGCCUUUUUUCAGCUCUUGGCAGCAAUCUUCAAGCCACAGGGUGUGUUUUGUUUUUUGUUUUUUAAGUCAUAGUGACUGAGGUGUGAGAUAUUUUCCAAAUUAGCAGAUUGGAUGGGCAGUUUUUCUUUAAAGUGGUAAUUUGAGGAAUGACACCUGAUAGCUUACUAUGAUAGAUUGAUACUCAAUGAUAAUGCUAUAAUGCUGAUAUAGCUUCAUCUUUGUGCUGGCUAAGCUCUUUUCUAGGAAUGUACCUAAUUUUCAGUAAUUGUCACUUGUUACAUUUCACUGGAAUGCAUUUCUAAAUUGCUACUUGUGAAUGUAAUGGUACAUCUUUGGGUACGCAUGGGUCAUAUAUGUACACAUGUAUAGAAGUGAGGAUUUUCAGCAGCUAUCCUACACACACAGGAUCUACUGUCAUGCAAACUAUGAAAUGCUCUUCUGGACAGUUUUAUAUGCAUGUUUACCAAGCUAAUGUCUAGAACGUUUGGUGUAUGUGGUAAUAACCACUUGUGUGCAAGGGUAUGAACAAGGCACUUACUUUCACUUUAACACACUGAAGUCACCAUUUUGUGCAGGUGUAGGUGUGCUUAAGUGCAGCUGAUUUUGGUGCAUUUAAUUCCGUGAUAGACCAGGAUGUUAAAGCAUUGAUUUUCACACUAUUUUCUCCAUUCCACAGAAGACCAGCAGGAGCAACUCAUUGAAAGAAAUAAUGUUACUGGUAGUCCUUGACUUAGGAUCACAAUUGGAACCAGAAUUUCCAGUGCUAAGCAAGGUGAUUAUUAAGUGAGUCACAUUAGAUUUUGCAACUUUUUAUGCCAUGGAUGUUAAACAAAUCUGGCUUCUCCCAUUUGCUUAUCAAAAGUUGGCUGGGGAGGUCACAAAUGGCAACCCCAGGACUCUUCAGCCAUUGCUGAAGUACAUGCCAGUUGCCAAGCCCUCGGAUUUUGAUCACAUGACUGUGGAGAUGCUGCAACUGUCAGAAGUCAUUUUUUUCAGUGCUGUUGUAACUUUGAACAGCCAAUAAAUGAAUGGUUGUAAAUUGAGGACUACCUGUAAAUAGAUGUCCUUGAAAAACAGCAUGAGCAAGAUGCCAUCCAUCAUUCCUAAAAUACAUAGCUGCAUUGGGAGUUUUGGAACAUCCAUUGUUCACACAGAGCAAAGCUGGCUAGCUAGUGGCUUGUGUCCUGGAAAAUACUUUGGAAUAUGCUCCCAAUUCUGUGCAAGAGUUUAGUUUUUAUGUGCUCCUGGGUUUCCAUAGCAGAAGGCAGCUUAGAGAAAGUACUCUGGUAGCAAGUACUCUGGUAGCAUUUCAAAAGCACUGCCUUAAACAGCCUUGCUCUAACAGAAUAAUGACUGUAUCUAUCCAGGUAUACCAUAUACAAAUACACUUCAACUCACCCUAAACUGAAGUACCAUAUAGAGCGUGAUCAUCCAAUUUUACAGGGGCUCCUUUGGCAGACCUGAUUACUGCUACCAAUGUUGAAGAAAGGUCCACAAGCCAGCUAAGGCUUAUCACUGGAGCACUCCAUGGUUUUCAGUGGAAGAAUAAAGCAUAGUUGGAUGGGGUCCCAUCCAUAUUUCUCUUAUACUUGCAUGGUGGAUGAAGGAAGAUCUCAGAGAUGAUAUAGAUAUAUUAAAAGGUAGUGUUGCUGUCUAUAGUAGACAUACAGAGAGUGAGAGUUCGUAUAUACAUAUAUUACAAUGUAUAUGUGUUUGCGCGUGCUUGUGAGUUCUCUGUAUGUAUUAUAUAUGUAAGUGGCUAUGUGGGGUUUCUUGUAUCUUUAAUGGAGGCAGAGGCUGCUGCCACCCUCGGCAUCAGUUCAACCAGGAGGGCAGAGCAAAUGGCAUGCAAUUGAAGAAUCCCAUACACUUUGUAUUCCAUGUUGGCAGGUACAGGGGCUUUGUUGUGUGUGCACUCAAUGAGCAAGAAUCUGGCCAUAAUGCUGCAUAGCUGAUACCUGACCUACCUCCGUGCUGGGUGCUUUACUGUUCUAAUGCAGAAAAUGGUGUUUGAUUGUAUUUUUCAUAGGGUGAAAGAAAAAACGAAAAGAAUUGGUGCAUAUUUUCAUGUCAGUAUGUUGUCAUCUGCAAAUGUAUGUUGUGCUUGAUGAUCCAUGUUCUUUAGUAACCUCCCUCUUUUCCAGAUGGACAAAGAAAUGCAGCCUAGUGCUACCAAUGCCUUUGCUGAAAUAUUGCUUGCUUCCUCUCUCCCUCCCUCCCUGCCUGCCUUCCUGCCUCCCAUGGUCAGCUUCACCAUGGCCAGUAGGAGCACUGCAGGGUCUUUGCUUUCUAAGCAGAUAUCUAAAGAGUAAGAGGGAGGAAAAAUGCAGGAAAUGGGAUUUUGCAUAUCUUACCAGCUCAAGGUAGUUUGAUCAUUUUACUGGCUGUGCCAGAUCAUGUGGACUUUAAAGCUUUUACUGUGAUUCUUCAGUGUUUAAAGAAAAACCCAAACUGUGUUUCUAUGAUUUGUAUAAAAGCCUUUUAAAAGUA